AAAAACAGAAAUGUUAUGACCAAUCGGAGCGCUCCGACCACACAUCUGGAGACCCGGACCAGCCCCCAACUAGACCAGAAGGAGACCCGGACCAGCCCCCAACUAGACCAGAAGGAGACCCGGACCAGCCCCCAACUAGACCAGAACGAGACCCGGACCAGCCCCCAACUAGACCAGAAGGAGACCCGGACCAGCCCCCAACUAGACCAGAAGGAGACCCGGACCAGCCCCCAACUGGACCAGAAGGAGACCCGGACCAGCCCCCAACUGAACCAGAAGGAGACCCGGACCAGCCCCCAACUGGACCAAAAGGAGACCCGAACCAGCCCAAAACUAGACCAGAAGGCAGAAGGAGACCCUGACCAGCCCCCAACUAGACCAGAAGGAGACCCGGACCAGCCCCCAACUAGACCAGAAGGAGACCCGGACCAGCCCCCAACUAGACCAGAAGGAGACCCGGACCAGGCCCCAACAGAACCAGAAGGAGACCCGGAUCAGCACCAAACUAGAACUGAACUGUAAUUAGACCUAACCAGAUGAAA